GAACGGCCGUGAUUGAAUUUGCGCCAUCAUCACUCACUCCGAUUUCGGAGCUCCCCACGACAGUCGGCGUCGGCUGAGAAUCGCCAUAGCCUCCGGCGGGAGAAGCUUUUUAGUGAGAGAGUAAUCAGUAGAGAAGAUGAAGAAGAUACCGCUGCUGCUGAUGGGGUGCGGCGGCGUCGGCCGUCAGCUCCUCCAGCACAUUGUAUCCUGCCGAUCUCUCCACGCCGAGCAGGGAGUAACACUGCGGGUUGUCGGAGUAUGCGACAGUAAAUCUUUGGUUGCUGCACCGGACGUGUAUGCGUCGGAGCUGGACGAUAAGUUCUUGCUCGAAGUUUGCAGGAUUAAGUCAGCUGGUUCUUCCCUGUCAACGCUCCGUAGCUUCGGGGAUUGCCAAGUACAUACACACUCCGACUUAAGCGAGAGGCUUAUAGAGAUCGCAUCACUUCUCAGCAAAUCAACAGGUUUGGCAGUUGUUGAUUGCUCUGCUAGCUCUGACACUAUCGAGGUGCUGACCAGUGCAAUCGAUUUGGGCUGUUGCAUUGUCCUGGCAAACAAGAAACCCCUUGCUUCUACAAUGGAGCACUAUGAUAAAUUGGUCUCUCAACCACGACGCAUUCGGCAUGAGUCAACCGUGGGCGCUGGCCUUCCCGUCAUAGCAUCAUUAAAUCGAAUACUCUCAUCCGGAGAUCCUAUUAGACGUAUAGUUGGGAGUUUGAGUGGUACACUGGGAUAUGUAAUGAGUGAGCUUGAAGAUGGAAAGCUGCUCAGUGAAGUGGUAAAAGCAGCUAAAAGCUUGGGUUAUACUGAGCCAGAUCCUCGUGAUGAUCUAAGUGGGAUGGAUGUUGCAAGAAAGGCCUUAAUCCUAGCUAGACUUCUUGGGAACAGAAUCACGAUGGACAACAUAAAGGUGGAGAGCCUGUACCCAGAAGAAAUGGGUUCUGCCGUGAUGUCAGUUGAUGAAUUUAUGUCAAGUGGGCUUUCAUUGCUUGACAAAGAUAUCCAAGAGAUGGUUCAUAAGGCUUCUUUGCAUGGCAAUGUGCUCCGCUAUGUCUGCGUUCUUGAGGGCUCAAGGUGUGAAGUCGGUAUUCAAGAGCUUCCGAGGAACUCUGCUUUGGGAAGGUUGAGAGGAAGCGACAAUGUGCUUGAGGUAUACAGCCGAUGCUACAGCCAACAGCCACUGGUCAUUCAAGGUGCUGGGGCCGGAAAUGACACCACUGCUGCAGGUGUUCUUGCCGAUAUUCUCGAUGUUCAAGAUUUAUUUAAUUGAGAGCUUUUGCCAAAUUCCUCUUUAUAUUGGAGAUAAGUGGAUUUCUCCGAGGGUAUUAUGCACACUGAGGUUGGGACGGACUGACCAUCACUCAACUCCACGGGCUGAAGAACUUCCAAACUUAGCUUUUCUGGAGACUUGAGAUUUUGAUAUGGUAUCCCAUCCUUGUUAUCUUGGAAAUUCGAAAUUGUGUAAUCUUGUUUUGGUAGGGUGUGAAACGCAUUAGACUUGAAUGUGACACAACACUGAACUAUUGCAAGAAAAAGCAUCGUACGACCAGAAUAAGUCGAUGCAAUGGGGAGCAAAAA